GGAGACGUGCAAGCAGGGCAAUUACAAUUUCAAACAAGACAAAGGCAGCUUAAGAAAGAGAAAUUAAAGUAAUCAAAUCCAAAGUUUGAUUGACCCGAAAAUUGAGAAAGAAAAUGGAGGAGAAGGAGGAGGUGCCAUUCUUCCCACAAUUUCCUCUUCUUUCUCUUCACUAUUCUAAUUCUAAUUCUAUUCUCCUCACUUUACUUGCUCUACUACGACUCUCCUUUUCUUUACCUUUCUUUCUUCUCAUUUAAUUAUUUAUUUUUUCUCCCUCUAAACCCACCAUUGCAAUGCCCUACCAGACCUAAGAAGAAGGAAGGAGAACCCCCACCUCAAUUCUUCUUCUGGGUCUGAUCUGAAAGAGUGAAAGUUUUCUUCUUUUGUGUUGUUUUUGGGUGAGGUGGAUUUGUCUUGCUUCUGUGUUUUUGUUGGCGUCACUCGAGGAUUCCUGUUGAAGUACCAAGUUUCGAGUGCUAACCGACAGUUCUGCACCUCGUAUCCAAUAUCUCUCUCUCCUCUGUAUCUCUCUCUUCUUUUAACGGACUCCACUGAUAGCUUCUUGCAACUGUACUCAACUUGCCACAAUGCCCCAUUACAUAACCUACUACUGAACCUACUACUGAAACCAGAUUUUCAAGCAACAGGUCAUGAUUAGAUAUACGGAGAAGUGAAACCCAAAAAGAGUUGACCGAGAACACAUCUAAAACUGAUAUGAGGAAGAUGCUGCCAAAUGGAAGAUGCAGAGGAAAUAGUAAAAUCACUAUGGCUGCAACAAGUUAGAAUUUUCUUUUCUUGCUUUAUGUAAAGAAGAGGGUUUCUUGUUGAAGAAAAGCUGACAAGAAAAUGAAGAGAGAAUGGAGGAGGGUAUCAUCACAAGAUCAAGGCAUCAUGGGAAUCUUUGUUUUUGGCUAUAUACUGUUGUUGCUUCUAAUCAUUCCAUCACAAGCAAGAGAAUUGGCUUCACAGCAAAGUAGCAAUGAUGAUAUUGUGGGGUUGCUAACCUUCAAGAGAUCCUCUGUUCAAUCUGAUCCAAAAAAUGUCUUAGCUAACUGGACUACCGAUUCCCCUAGUCCAUGUUCAUGGUUUGGUGUCUCUUGUUCUCUUGAUGGCCGUCGUGUGACGUCUCUAAACCUUACCAACGCCGGCCUCAUUGGCAGUCUACACCUCGCUGACCUUACUUCCUUGCCAGCUCUCACCGAUCUUAUUCUACGAGGCAAUUUGUUCUCUGCUGGUGAUCUCUCUGCCUCCUCUGCUACUCCAUGCGCUCUAGAGACUAUUGACUUGUCUUUCAACAACAUCUCUGAUCCUCUUCCAGGGAGGUCCUUCCUGUUCUCCUGUAAUCGUCUGGCUCGUGUUAACCUCUCUCAUAAUUCCAUUCCUGGGGGCACUGUCCAGUUUGGUCCUUCUUUACUGGAGCUUGACCUCUAUGGCAAUCGCAUCUCUGAUUCUACCUUCUUGAAUCGCUCUCUCUCUAUCUGUCAGAACUUGAAUUUCCUCAAUUUCUCUAAUAACAAGCUCGCAGGCAAACUUGAAACCACUCCCAUAUCUUGCAAGAGUCUCUCAGUUUUAGACCUCUCAUAUAAUUUGCUAUCUGGGGAGAUACCACCCAGCUUUGUUGCAGACUCUCCACCGUCUCUCAAGCAUCUGGAUCUAUCCCACAAUAACUUCUCUGGUAACCUUUCCAGUCUUGAUUUUGGGCGCUGCAGCAACCUCAGUUUGUUCAGUUUGUCACAGAACAGGCUUUCCGGCACCGUGUUCCCAAUUAGUCUGAACAACUGUGAGGUUUUGGAGACCCUUGACCUCUCCCAUAAUGAGCUGCAACUCAAGAUACCUGGUGCUGCACUGGGAAGGUUCAAAAAAUUGAAGCAGCUGUCUCUAGCUGACAAUCUGUUCUUUGGUGAUAUUCCUCCUGAGUUGGGACAGGCCUGUGGAACUCUGCAGGAGCUGGAUCUAUCAGCCAACAAACUCACUGGUGGCUUGCCGCUGAAUUUUGUAUCAUGUUCUUCUCUGCAGACCCUAAACCUUGGAAACAAUCUCCUUUCAGGGGAUUUCCUUACUACUGUUAUCAGUAGCCUUCAAAGUCUGAAAUAUCUCUAUGUACCAUUCAACAACAUAACUGGUCCUGUGCCCUUGUCUCUGACAAACUGUACUCAGCUUCAAGUGCUUGACCUGAGUUCGAAUGGCUUCACCGGGAAUGUUCCUUUUGAGUUCUGCACGUCCUCAAACUCCUCUACGCUGCAGAAGUUGUUUAUAGCCAACAAUUACCUAUCAGGGCAGGUGCCCUCAGAGCUUGGAAGCUGCAAAAACCUGACAGGAAUUGAUCUUAGUUUCAACAAUCUGAAUGGUCCGAUUCCUUCAGAGGUUUGGACCUUGCCAAAUCUUGCUGACUUUGUUAUGUGGGCAAACAACCUCACAGGUGAUAUUCCGGAAGGCAUUUGCGAGAAUGGAGGAAACCUAGAAACUUUGAUUCUCAACAACAAUCUCCUUACUGGAACUAUUCCUAAGUCCAUUGGCAGUUGCACCAAUAUGAUUUGGAUAUCACUUUCCAGCAACCAGCUUAGUGGAGAAAUCCCUCCUAGUAUCGGAAAUCUUGUUAACCUUGCAAUACUCCAAAUGGGUAACAAUUCACUCAGUGGACAAAUACCACCGGAACUGGGAAGGUGUCCGAGCCUCAUCUGGCUUGACUUGAACAGCAACGACAUUACUGGCCCCCUCCCACCUGAGCUUGCAGAUCAAUCUGGCCUAAUUAUUCCUGGAAUUGUAUCAGGAAAACAGUUUGCAUUUGUGAGAAAUGAAGGCGGGACAUCAUGCAGAGGAGCUGGAGGACUUGUUGAAUUUGACGGGAUUAGAGCAGAGAGGCUGGAGACUUUACCUAUGGUUCAUUCGUGUCCAACAACCAGAAUUUAUUCUGGGAAAACAGUUUACACCUUCUCCAGCAAUGGCAGCAUGAUAUACCUUGAUCUUUCCUACAAUUCCUUGUCUGGAACUAUCCCUGAAAAUUUUGGUUUAAUGAGCUAUUUGCAGGUUCUGAAUUUGGGGCACAACAAGCUAAUUGGAAAUAUUCCUGACAGUUUUGGAGGUCUGAAAGAAAUUGGAGUUCUGGAUCUCUCUCACAAUGAUCUUCAAGGAUCUAUCCCAGCAUCUUUGGGGACUCUUUCAUUUCUUAAUGAUCUUGAUGUCUCUAAUAACAACCUUUCUGGUCCCAUCCCUUUCGGUGGUCAGCUAACCACUUUCCCAGCAUCCAGAUACGAAAACAAUUCUGGCCUUUGUGGGGUACCAUUGCUUCCUUGUAGCUCUGGAGGCCGCCAGCCAGGCUCUUAUCAUCAGGGAAAGAAGCAGUCUGUGGCAGCUGGGAUGGUCAUUGGCAUCAUAUUCUUUGUGGUGUGCAUCUUUGUCUUCACAUUAGCUUUUUAUCGUGUGAAGAAGUUUCAGCAAAAGGAUGAACAGAAAGAGAAGUAUAUUGAAAGCCUUCCAACUUCUGGCAGCAGCAACUGGAAACUUUCAGGCGUUCCUGAGCCUCUGAGCAUCAACAUUGCCACAUUUGAGAAACCUCUGCGUAAGCUGACCUUCGCUCAUCUGCUUGAAGCUACCAAUGGUUUUAGUGAUGACAGCUUGAUAGGGUCUGGAGGUUUUGGACAGGUCUACAAGGCAAAGCUAAGAGAUGACUGUAUUGUUGCAAUAAAGAAGCUGGUUCAUGUUACAGGCCAGGGAGACAGAGAGUUUAUGGCAGAAAUGGAAACUAUUGGGAAAAUAAAGCACAGGAACCUGGUUCCUCUGCUGGGUUACUGUAAGGUAGGAGAGGAGAGGCUUCUUGUGUAUGAGUACAUGAAAUGGGGAAGUCUAGAGUCUGUUCUUCAUGACAGGUCUAAAGGAGUGUGCUUAAGGCUUGAUUGGGCAGCAAGAAAGAAGAUUGCCGUGGGUUCAGCGAGAGGUCUUGCAUUCCUUCACCACAGCUGCAUACCACACAUUAUCCACCGUGAUAUGAAGUCUAGCAAUGUUCUUCUAGAUGAAAACUUUGAGGCCAGAGUUUCUGAUUUUGGCAUGGCCAGAUUGGUGAAUGCUCUCGACACGCAUCUUAGCGUUAGCACACUUGCAGGAACUCCCGGUUAUGUGCCUCCUGAGUAUUAUCAGAGCUUUAGGUGCACAACAAAGGGAGAUGUUUACAGCUAUGGUGUCAUACUGCUAGAGCUACUCUCAGGUAAGAAGCCAAUAGACCCAUCGGAGUUUGGGGAUGACAACAACCUUGUAGGAUGGGCAAAACAACUUCACAUGGAAGAUAGAGACAAUGGGAUACUGGAUACUGAGUUAACAGUGCAAAAAUCUUGUGAGGGUGAAUUACAUCAGUAUCUGAGAAUUGCUUUUGCGUGCCUUGAAGAAAAGCCUUUCAAGAGACCGACAAUGAUUCAGGUGAUGGCCAUGUUCAAAGAGCUUCAGGUUGAUUCUGAAAAUGAUAUCCUAGAUGGUUUCUCAAUGAAAGAUGCGGUAAUCGACGAACUGGGAGAGAGAGUGUAGAUUAUGAUGUUCGAGACUAGAUGGCUGAGGCUCUGGCAAUGAUAAUUUGCACCUUUGAACGGGAUACUGGGGCUAUCCUUCAAAUUUCACCUACUGUAAAUAAUAGAAGACUAGACAGAGAAAGUAGCAAGAAAUGUGGGAAGAAACAAAGUAAUAGGACUUUCAGUUGCUCAACAAAUGGGUAACAAUUUUUCUUUCCUUUGAUCAUCAUGUUUGUCACUGAAGACUUAAAAUCUUUGUUUCUUUGCCAUUAGCUUCUUCUUUCUUUUGUCACAGUUUUGCCAACAGACGUUUCACGUUUUAUUUAAAAUUUUCCAUUUUUUGCUGUUCA